GGCCGCGCGAGGCCGGCCCCCCCGGAGGGAGGGCGGCCGCCGCGAUGGCGGACGGGGCGCCCCGGCCCCCGCUCGCCCGCAGCGUCUCCUUCAAGCUGCUGGAGCGCUGGAGCGGCGCGUCGGGGCCGCGGGAGGAGGCCCCCGACACGCCCGGGCCGCGGCGCCGCGCCGCGUGCCGGCCGCCGCCGUCCCGGCGCGUGUCCAAGCUGGCGUCGGGGCCCGCGCCGCGCAGCCUCUCGCCGUCCGUGCGCCAGCUCUCCCGGCGCUUCGACGGCCGCGUCUCCCCGGGGCCCGCCCAGGAGGCGGCCGAGGGCGCGGCGCGCGGGGCCUGGCCCAGCGUCACGGAGAUGCGCAAGCUCUUCGGGGGCUCCCGGCGGCCCGCCGGGUCGCCCGGCCCGGACGGGGCGGCGUGGGAGCCCCCGGCCCGCGAGCCCCGCGAGCCGCGGCAGCCCCCUCCGCCCCCUCCGCGGACCUGCUUCCCCCUGGCGGGGCUGCGCGCGGCGCGGCCGCUGCCGGACCCGGGGACGGAGGGGAGGAGGUGGCGGCGGCAGCAGCAGCAGCAGCAGCAGCAGCAGGAGCGGGCGCAGCGUCCGGAGGAUGGUUUACAUUCUUGGCAUAACUUCUCCCAACCGCAGGCCGGGGCCCGGGCCUCCUGCUCCUCCUCCUCCUGCUCCAUCGCCUCCUCCUAUCCUGUCAGCCGCAGCCGGCCUGCCAGCACCAGCGAGGAGGAAGUGGAGGGCCCGCCGCCGCCGCCGCCACCGCCGUCCGGGUCGCAGAGCCCGGCCCCCCGCGGCGACCCCUGCUCGGGCAGUGACGAGGACCGCGACGGUGAGCGCAGCCACCGCGGCGGAGGGAGGCCCGGAGCCAGGCCCGGAGGCUCCCCUUCGGAUCAGGACUGUAGGCCGGACAGUUAUGGGUUAAAUCUGGGCGCCAUGGACUCGGUAGGUGGUGUGGGGGUGCGGAGCCCUGAGCCCCCGGCCUCCCCCAGAGCCUCGGGUGGUGAGGAAGGCGCCCAGGAAUGGGCCUCCGGCUCGCCUCCCUGUGGGCCAUGUGCCCAGGAGGGACUUCGGCCCUUGUCGGACUCGGUCGGGGGAGCGUUCAGGGUGGCCAAAGUGAGUUUCCCCGCGUACCUGGCCAGCCCAGGGGGCUCCCGGGGCAGCAGCCGUUAUUCCAGCACGGAGACGCUCAAGGAUGAGGACUUGUGGGCCAGCCGGGGCUCAGGGGGCUGGGGCGUGUAUCGGUCCCCUAGCUUUGGAGCCGGGGAAGGCCUCCUCCUGCGGGCCCAGGCUCGGACUCGCAGCAAAGGGCUGGUGGGCACCUCCAGGGUCCUGAGAGAUGGUGGCCUGGAGCUGGACAAGAGCCGGCAGCGCAAGUCCCUGUCCAACCCAGACAUCGCCUCCGAGACCCUCACACUGCUCAGCUUCCUGCGCUCGGACCUCUCCGAGCUGAGGGUCCGCAAGCCUGGGGGGCUGCCCGGGGACACCAGCAGCAGCCUCUCAGGUGGCAGAGCCUCACCAGCUGUAGGUAGCCCCGUGGGACCCCUGGGGCCCAUCUCCCCGCCAGCGCCAGCAUCCCCGGGUGGACGCCCCACCCUCAAGGACCUGACGGCCACCCUGCGGCGAGCUAAGUCCUUUACCUGCUCGGAGAAGCCCGUGGCCCACCGCAUCCCCCGCACCAGUGCCCUGAAACCCAGCUCCUCUGAGCUCCUGCUGGCUGGCAUGGGGGCCGAGGAGGACCCCCUGCCCCAUAUCAUCCAGGACCAGUAUGUGCAGGAAGCCCGGCAGGUGUUCGAGAAGAUCCAGCGCAUGGGUGCCCAACAGGACGAGGGCAGCGAGGCGCCCCUGGGGAGCCCGGAUUGGGCCUCCGAGGGGACCCAGGGUCAGCGGUCUCAGGAGGAGCUCUCGGGCCCCGAGUCCAGCCUGACAGAUGAGGGCAUUGGGACUGACCCCGAGCCUCCCAUUUCAGCCUUUUCCAGCUUGGGGAGCACGGGUGUGUGGCGACCUCUCUCCUCAUCCUCAGCCCCACGGAACCACCAUGGGCCUAGCGCUGAAGACGGUCUGGGGGCAUGGGCCCUGGUAUCCCCCGACGCCCCUCCCACACCGGGUGCCCUCCGCCGGAGACGCAAAGUCCCCCCUUCGGGUCCCGGUGGGACAGAACUGAGCAACGGGGAGGCUGGGGAGGCCUAUAGGUCCCUCAGUGACCCCAUACCCCAGCGCCACCGGGCAGCUGCCUCCGAGGAGGCCUCGGGAUUCUCUGUGGACAGCAACCUGCUGGGUUCUCUGAGCCCCAAGACUGGGCUUCCAGUGGCCCCGGAGGUGGAUGAGGGCUUGACCGGUGGCCACAGUGACUGGUCUGUGGGCAGUGAAGAGAGCAAGGGCUACCAGGAGGUCAUUCAGAGCAUCGUUCAGGGACCCAGUGCCUUGGGGCGAGUGGUGGACGAUAGAGCAGCUGGCAAAGCCCCCAAGAAGAAAUCUCUGAGUGACCCCAGCCGGCGUGGGGAGCUCGCUGGGCCGGAAUUCAAGGGCCCUGGAGGGGAGCCCAUCCGAGAGGUGGAGCCGGCACUGCCCCCGUCCAGCAGUGAGCCCCUCCUUGCUGAGCGGCCAGCGGAGCCCGAAGAGCCCAGUCCUGCCAGGGGCCGGGCACAGUCUGAGAGGGUGCUUGGGGCCCCGCCCGCCCCUGCCGCCACCCCUGGUGACUUCCACCUCGACCCUAAGCUGGCUGACGUCCUGUCCCCAAGGCUUCUCCGCCGCGGCUCCAAGAAGCGGCCAGCCCGGAGCAGUCAUCAGGAGGUCCCGAGGGAGGGCCAGGACCACUCCGGCGGCCUCUCUCAGGCCCGACCCGGCUCCAAGCACGUCCGCCAUGCCAGCGUGCCCGCCACCUUCAUGCCCAUCGUGGUGCCCGAGCCUCCCACUUCCACCGGCCCUCCGGUGGCCGUGCCAGAGCCCGUGGGCCGCCCGGCCAGAGCCCGCCCCAUGGUACAGGUCCCCUCGCUGGAGGACGUCACGAAGCAGUACAUGCUGACCCUCCACGCCGGGGAGACGCCCACACCCGUGGAUGUGCCCACUUUGACUCCGGUUGUGCCGCCCUCUGCAGAGACCAAGCCCCCCGAGGCCACCCGGGCUCCGGACGAGCCCACCCCAGCCAGCAAGUGCUGCAGCAAGCCCCAAGUGGACAUGCGGAAGCACGUGACCAUGACACUGCUGGACACGGAGCAAUCAUAUGUGGGGUCUCUGCGAACCCUGAUGCAGGGCUACAUGCAGCCGCUGAAGCAGCCCGAGAACUCCUUGCUGUGUGACCCGGCGCUGGUGGACGAGAUCUUCGGCCAGAUCCCUGAGCUCCUGGAGCACCAUGAGCAGUUCCUGGAGCAGGUGCGCCGCUGUGUGCAGACCUGGCACGCACAGCAGAAGGUGGGGGACCUGCUCCUGCAGUCGUUCUCCAAGGACGUCCUGGUCAACAUCUAUUCCGCCUACAUUGAUAACUUUCUCAACGCCAAGGAUGCCGUGCGUGUGGCUAAGGAGGCCAGACCCGCCUUCCUCAAGUUCCUGGAGCAAAGCAUGCGGGAGAACAAGGAGAAGCAGGCGCUGUCUGACCUCAUGAUCAAGCCUGUGCAACGCAUCCCACGCUACGAGCUGCUGGUGAAGGACCUCCUGAAGCACACUCCUGAGGACCACCCAGACCACCCCCUGCUGCUUGACGCGCAGAGGAACAUCAAGCAGGUGGCCGAGCGCAUCAACAAGGGCGUGCGGCACGCUGAGGAGGCAGAACGGCACGCACGGGUGCUGCAGGAGAUCGAGGCCCACAUCGAGGGCAUGGAGGAGCUCCAGGCCCCAUUGCGGCGCUUCCUGAGGCAAGAGAUGGUCAUUGAAGUGAAGGCAGUAGGCGGCAAAAAAGACCGGUCGCUCUUCCUCUUCACCGACCUCCUGGUCUGCACCACCCUGAAGCGGAAGUCAGGCUCCCUCCGCCGCAGCUCCAUGAGCCUGUACACGGCCGCCAGCGUCAUCGACACGGCCAGCAAGUACAAGCUGCUGUGGAAACUGCCCCUGGAGGACGCGGACAUCGUCAGAGGGGCGACUCCAGCCACCAACAGGGAGAACAUCCAGAAAGCCAUCAGCCGCCUUGACGAGGACCUGAGCACCCUGGGCCAGAUGAGCAAACUCUCUGAGAAUCUCACAUUUCCCCACCAGAGCCUGGACGACGCACUCCGAGACCUGUCGGCUGCCGUGCACCGGGACCUGUCCGAGAAGCAGGCGCUGUGCUACUCGCUCUCCUUCCCGCCUACCAAGCUGGAGCUGUGCGCCACGAGGCCCGAGGGCACCGACUCCUUCAUCUUUGAGUUCCCGCACCCUGACGCCCGCCUCGGCUUUGAGCAGGCCUUUGAUGAUGCCAAGAGGAAACUGGCGUCCAGCAAAAGCUGCCUGGACCCUGAGUUCCUGAAGGCCAUCCCCAUCAUGAAGACCCGGAGUGGCAUGCAGUUCUCCUGCGCAGCCCCAACUCUGAGCAGCUGCCCUGAGCCCGCACCCGAGGUAUGGGUAUGCAACAGCGAUGGUUACGUGGGCCAGGUGUGCCUGCUGAGCCUGCGCUCUGAGCCGGACGUGGAGGCCUGCAUCGCUGUGUGCUCGGCCCGCAUCCUCUGCAUCGGGGCGGUGCCCGGCCUGCAGCGUGGCUGCAAUCGGGAGUCCUUACAGAGGAACCCCGCAGAGCCAAACUUGGAGUCCGCGGGACCAGAACUGGACGGGGAGGCCGCUGAUGAGGAAUCAGCUCCGCUGGCAGAACCAGGGCCCCAACCCUGCCUGCACAUCUCCAUUGCUGGCUCAGGCCUGGAGAUGGCCCCAGCCCCCACCGAGGGCGACCCCCGCCCAGAACUGGUGCCCUUUGACAGCGACUCGGACGAUGAGUCUUCUCCCAGCCCCUCGGGGACCCUGCAGAGUCAAGCCAGCCGGUCCACCAUCUCCUCUAGCUUUGGCAACGAGGAGAACCCGAGCUCCAAGGAGGCCACCGCUGAGACCACCAGUUCUGAGGAAGAGCAAGAGCCGGGCUUCCUGCCCCUGGCGGGCCCCUUCACCCCCGGCGGGCCCUGUGGCACCGGCCCGAUGGACGGGCGGGCCCUGCGCCGUUCCAGCAGAGGCUCCUUCACGCGGGGCAGCCUGGAGGACCUGCUGAGCGUGGACCCCGAGGCCUACCAGAGCUCCGUGUGGCUGGGCACUGAGGAUGGCUGUGUGCACGUGUACCAGUCCUCCGACAGCAUCCGGGACCGCAGGAACAGCAUGAAGCUCCAGCACACGGCCGCCGUGACCUGCAUCCUCUACCUGAACAACCAGGUGUUCGUGUCUCUGGCCAAUGGAGAGCUGGUGGUCUACCAAAGAGAAGCAGGCCGUUUCUGGGACCCUCAGAACUUCAAGUCAGUGACCCUGGGUGCUCAGGGGAGCCCCAUCACCAAGAUGGUGUCUGUAGGUGGGCGGCUGUGGUGUGGCUGCCAGAAUCGAGUCCUUGUCCUCAGCCCUGACACACUGCAGCUGGAGCACACCUUCACCAUCGGGCAGGAUUCCAGCCGCAGCGUGGCCUGCAUGGCGGACUCCAGCCUGGGCGUGUGGGUGACACUGAAAGGAAGUGCCCAUGUUUGCCUCUACCAUGCGGAGACCUUCGAGCAGUUGACAGAGGUGGACGUCACGCCGCCGGUGCACAGAAUGCUGGCAGGCUCAGACGCCAUCAUCCGGCAGCACAAGGCCGCCUGCCUGAGGAUCACGGCUCUGCUGGUGUGUGAGGAGCUGCUGUGGGUGGGCACCAGUGCCGGCGUCGUGCUCACAAUGCCCACCUCACCCGGCUCCAUCAGCUGCCCCCGGGCUCCCCUCAGCCCCGCCGGCCUGGGGCAGGGACACACUGGCCAUGUCCGCUUUCUGGCCGCCGUCCAGCUGCCGGAUGGCUUUGACCUGCUCUGCUCGACCCCACCGCCUCCCUCAGACACAGGCCCCGAGAAGCUGCCGUCACUGGAUCACCGUGACUCCCCUCGGCACCGAGGCCCUGCAUCAGCCCGGCCAAAAAUGUUGGUCAUCAGUGGAGGGGACGGCUACGAGGACUUCCGCCUCAGUGGCGGGCCCGGGGGCAGCAGUGAGACUGUGGGCCGGGACGACAGCACCAACCACCUCCUCCUAUGGAGGGUGUGACCGUAGCCCCCGGGGCCCAGGAUGUGGCCACCCACCCACCCUCAGCCUGCUUGCCUCUGCCUUGCCCACACACAGACUCUGGCCAGGAGUGGUCCCCCUUGGUCCUCUCCCAGCCUUGCCGAAGCAUUCCUGAUGGAUUCCCGCUGGCCAGCUGGGCCCAGGACUUCCCCGACCUCUGGCUGCUCCGGGGCUCCCGGUUGUGAGGGGGCUGUGGGGCGCACGGGCUGCCCAAGACCUCCGUCCCUGGAGCUUCUACCAAAGACACGGCCGGGCCCGCACCCCACGGGGCUGGGGAGGGCCAUGUGCAAUAUUGGAGGGUUUUCUGGGGGCAGCGGGAGGGCCGAGGGACGGAAUCCUUUCCCGUGUACAGUAUUUAUGUUUCUUUUUAGAUGUGUACCUUCUCAAGCACUUAUUUAUGCAGUGGCCUGGGGCAGGGGGUGACUUGAGAAAAUGGCAGAAGGAAAAAAAAAAACCCUAUUCCUGCUCUGGGGAUUGCCAUGGGACCCUAACCCAGACUUCCUGGAGGGACCUAGACCCUCUCACAUCCGUGUGUGUGUCUCUGUGUGUGUG